CAAUCGGAUGCCAGGACGCUGACAAGAUACGAUAUGGUCACACGGCAUGCGCAUAUUAUGAUAUCGAGCAUCUCCGAAACAGCCAGAGAUUACUUUAAUCGUCGGACUCCGGUUACGUAUGCAGGAACGUCGGAAUCGUUAGCAAAAUAAUCCCACUGCUGAGCGCUCUGUCACUAAAACUCUGUAUAACAAUAUAUUAUAUGCAUCUCUGAAGCGUAUAGUGAAGAGUGUCUCGCAUUCUACAGAUUACGGUUUCCAUCAUGCAGAUGCAUAAUAUUAAUAAUUCCACCAAUACACCUUUACCAACUAAUAUAUCCACGCCCUAUUAUGUUUCCGCGUGGGUUCUGCUUCCCCUGGUCAGCUUAAUAAUCUCCACGGUGAUCACCAAUCUGACCAUCAUCGCGACAUUCCUAAUCAUCCCGUCGGUGCGCACCGUCUUCAACUACUACCUCUUCAACCUGGCCAUCUCCGACUGCCUCACUGGCUCCGUGUCCAUGACCCACUUUGCUCUGCUAACCGUUCUUCGCCACUGGCCGUUAUCCCGUUGGCAAUGCACCAUCUGGGUGUACUUCGAUUUCUUGGGUACCUCACAAACUCUGCUGACCAUCACUAUAAUCGCCCUGGACCGAUUAUGGGCCAUCUCCUGGCCGGUGUCCUACCGGCAGCGUCACACCGAGAAAAAAUGCAUCAUUUUAAUCUGCUUCAGCUGGAUUUGGUCUAACUUAGUUAUCGUGCCGAGUUUGGUUUACAAUCGAAUACAUCGUACUUCCACCGACGAAAAAGAAUGCUAUUGGAGUAUCGACGAACCGUACGCUAGUUCGCUAUACGUGGCGAUCUUCACACAGUGGCUGCCGUCGGCCGUCACGGUGUGCUGCUACGUGAAGACUUCGUGGAAACUGUGGAGUAAACACCGCGCGGCGUUGCGCAUCCGCACGGCGGAAACGGCGCCGGAUAUCCGGGAUGUGGUGCGGAAGAAGAAGCAGCGCCAGGCGUUCGGGUUGUUGUCGGCACUGUUAGCCGCGCUAGUGUUGCAGUGGGGCCCGUGGUUUAUCUACCAGAUUAUGGAAUUAAUCAGCGGAUAUGAGGAUAUCGAGUUUUAUCUGGUGGCUUAUUGGUUGGGAUAUUCGCUAUCCGCGGUUAAUCCGUUUUUAUUUAAUCUGGGCAGCAUGGAAAUGCAUAACGGUUUAAAACUGCUUUCUGAUAAAGUGUUUAAAUUUAAAUAACGGUUGGCUCAACUUGCCGGUUAAAUUGUGAAGAUGUCUAACCGCAGCGCAACACUACGAAAACAAUACAAUAUUAAUGCGGGAAGUGUGGCAUGCCUGUACAAUAUAUAUAUUUAUAUCAUUUACGGUAUAUUAAUUAGUGUUAAUUCAAGAGAUAACUGGAAUAAAGCGCUAUUUUUGGCACGUAAAUACUCUGACGCUCGAAGCAAGAAGAAGUAACCUAUGGAGGUGUUGAUCGGUGUCUUUCGGCAAGUACAUUAACCUGCGCAUUAAAUUGUCUAACAACCGGAACUACAUGUCCGAUUUUAGUGGAUCCACUACAAAUAUAAUAAUAUAGCUGGGAGCACAUCGACAAACAGCUGGGCUUAAAACAUUUUCCAUCUGUAUUUGUUGCACACGGCGGUACAUCUUGUAGCGUGUGCAUAAGUCGUUGUAGCUACACAGUUUUCUUUUACACGGAAGCUCCACGGCCUAGCAUUUCCUAACCGGGCUAAGACGACAGAUUUGCCCAUCUUCACCUUGUAAGAACUGCUUGCGAUGACUGCAACAGCAAUGAUUGCGACGGUUUUGACCGUUGCUCUUGUCGUUGGAUACGGGCUAGCCGCACCAUCACCGGCUCAAAAGUUGGCCUCCACUUCCCGGAUGGUGGGCGAGCAUAACGUGACCACCAUGGUGAUUCCCCACGGACAGUCCUACACCAUCCAGUGUCCCAAAGUAGCCGCUCCCCCGAAAACCACCGCGGGAGGCAAAAGCCCCCGACGCUUAGCGCGCAGUGCGCCGAAACCGGCGUCGCCGUCCAAAAAACCGUCUUCCGGUUCACCGCCUUCGCAAUCCGCCCAAGGGGGGUGCAAUCCCCCCAAAGUGGAAGCGGAUCCCACCAAGAGAGUACGCCUGGACAAUGCGACGUACGCGAAGAAAGGCUGCGCGGCGGAGGACGUCACCAGCGCCAUCUGGAACGCCUGCAUCUCCGAAGACAUGAUGACGUGUGUCAUCCGCGCCAAUGAUCCCUCGAAGAAGGCCGGGUGUCAGCAGCGGCCGUUGACUGUUGAAUUUUCCUGUGCCGCGAUGGAAACACCACAAAUCGCAUGUGGAAUGGUCGUCAACAAUAUGUUUGAUAAGUAGAGCGCCGUGUGUCCUUUUGGAUGGCCAACCCAAUGGCAAAGAAGAAUGAACUGUAAUCGGGUUGUUUUGGUUAGAGAAUUCGGCGUUUAUUUGUGUGCUGUUAUUCGUCCGUGUCAGAUUCAUAAGGAUCAUUAAAGGAAAACGCAAA